AAGGCAAUGCAAGCCCAAGUUCUGUCUGCCACUGUAAGUCGAGUGAAUAUAAAGAGAACGAUAAAUUAUUGUCAGAGGUAUAUAACUGAUCUCAAAUAUGCAAAUAAUGGAAGGGUGUGUGUUUCAGUUGUAAACUCCAAAGAGAACAACCCAUCUUGUGAGUUUAGAGAUCGCUCGAAUUAUAUUUAAUGUUUCUCUACUCAUGGAGCCUGUUUAUGCUAUAUCAAUAUUGCAUAUUACGAAAAAUUCAUAUAUUCGGAUAACAGAUCAUUAAUGAUUCGUAACAUUGGGUACGGAGCUACAAAUCCAUUUUUGACUUUGGGAAAUGAACAAUUGAAUGGAUACAUCCCAAAUGGAAUAGCAUUGUGUAAAUCGGGAUCCCUGUUAGUUUGUAUGUGGAACCAUCAGGUGCAUGAUCGUUCUCUUGGUAAAGUACUCAAGUUAUCUUUACAGGGAGAUAAACGUUUUGAAAUAGAAACCAACAAAAACAGGCCCCUCUUUAUUUGCCCAACCUAUAUAACAGAAAACGGAAAUGGAGACAUCUGCGUUUCUGACGUGAACGCCGUGGUCGUUACAGACGCCGGGGGCUUUCUGAGAUUCCGAUACACAGGAACAAAAAGUGACCCUCAGUUUGAUCCUUACGGCAUCUGUUGUGAUUCCAAGAAUAAUAUCAUUGUAGCGGACAUGGUGAAAAACAGAAUUCACAUGACUGACCAGAACGGCGAGCUGCUUCACUUCAUUCAGUAUGUAGAUAUGCACAUGCCACGUGCUCUCUGUAUAGACGAGGAUGAUAAUCUGUAUGUCGGAGAAUGGUCGUCUGAAGAAAUCAAAGUCCUCUCACUUCAAUGGUCUUGAAUAAUGUUAUCCACCGCAAAAAUGAACUGUGAUUUUUAAAAACAUUUUUAUCAUGACAUCUGAUUGGUUGAGUGAUUAUAUCUGAUUUGUUAUAUUACAUUUUGUUAUAAGUCAUUUCAAUUAUUAUACAAUUUGUGUUUAUAAAUUUUACAAUAUUUUUUGUAGAUAAUUGUAUAAAUUAAGACGAUGGAAGCGUGAAUCCGUGUGUCAUUAAUCCAAUAUGUUUUAGUGAAAGUGCAUAAUUAUUUUACUAUAAAAUAUUCAAUUAAUUUCUGUCAAUUUUAUUUUUUGCUUGGACCAUUUGACGACUUCACUACAUGUAUACAGUUAUAAUCGUUAAUAUCAGUUUUGCUGCUGUUCUAAUGGUACCUUUUUUCAAUCAGUGAUUAAAAUCUUUCUUGAAUCACGUGAUAUAUCAUUUUGCAAAGUUCACAUUUUCUUUGAAAUAUAAAAUAAACACAAAUCUUCAUCU